AUGUCGAAGAACAAAAUAGCGGCUCGUGUUGACAGUCAAACUGUGGAAGUCAAAACUAAAUUUGAUGCAGAAUUCAGAAGAUUCUCGCUCAAUCGUACUGAGAAGCUCAAGUAUGAAGACUUCAAGGCUUUGAUAGAGAAGCUGCACAGGCUCCAUGAUGUGGCCUUUCUCAUAUCUUACACGGAUCCUAGGGAUGGAGACCUGUUGCCCAUCAACAAUGAUGAUAACCUGGCUAGAGCGCUGCUUACCGCCCGACCGCUGCUCAGGGUCAUUAUACAGAGGAAAGGGGACAGUUUGGAAGAACUGAACGGGUAUGGGACGAUGCGACCAAGGAACAUCAUCUCCUCGAUACUGAGCGGCACGCCGGCUAAGAACAAGGGCCUCGCUAUAUCUAACCCACACGAUUUUAGAAUGGUAUCAGCAAUUAUCGACGUAGACAUAGUACCCGAGACGUGCAGGCGAGUCAAACUCCUCAAGCAUGGAUCAGAUCGACCGCUAGGAUUCUUUAUCAGGGACGGCACAUCAGUCCGGGUGACUCCAAACGGCGUGGAGCGGUCCCCGGGUAUCUUCAUAUCGCGCCUGGUGCCUGGCGGACUUGCGGAGUCCACCGGACUAUUGGGGGUCAACGAUGAGGUGCUGGAGGUCAACGGCAUCGACGUGUCGAAUAAGACGCUAGAUCAAGUGACGGACAUGAUGGUAGCGAACUCCUCGAACCUGAUCAUAACGGUCCGGCCUGCCAACCAGCGCGCCGGCCCGCCGCCGCCCGCUGAGACAAUCUCACGACACUCACAACCUUCCAGCGAACCUGAUGAGGACAGAUUCGAUCAAGACGAACAAGACGAGAUAGUGGACCUAACAGCCGUCACACUAGAGGAGUCCGACCCCGCCCCGUUCGUCACGUCCAAAGACGACGGACAAGUGCUACACCUCUAG